AUGGUUCGUCUCUUUGCUGCCGGCCUGACAUUGGUUGGUCUGAGUUUUGCUCAAGCUCAAUCGAAUGCUUCGUUGGCCGAUGCCAUCUACAAGGAUGCAUCUCAGUCUGUCGAUGCCAGAGUUGAGAAUCUCGUGUCCCUCAUGACGCUCGAGGAGAAGAUGGCACAGUUGAUGCAAGGCGACAUCUCGAACUGGCUUAACACGACCUCGGGCGAGUAUAACCAAACGGGUCUUGAGUUCAACUUCGAGAACCGUGGCGGCAUGUUCUACGUCGGCUAUCCUAUCACCUGGGACUGGCUGGCCGAAGGCAUCAAAGUAGGACAAGACUAUGCUGUCAACAACACUCGCUUGGGAAUCCCAGCAAUCGUGCAGACUGAAGGCAUUCACGGCUUCUUGAUUGGCAAUGCGACAAUCUUCAACUCCCCAAUUGCUCAAGCUUGCUCUUUCAACCGUGAUCUGCAGCGCCAGAUGGGCGAGCUGAUUGCCAUCGAAGCUGCUGCCCUUGGUGUCACCCAGCUCUUCGCUCCGCUUGCAGAUCUUGCACGCGAAUUACGCUAUGGUCGUGUGGAAGAGACUUAUGGUGAAGAUGGUUACUUGGCUGGCGAGAUGGCUUACAACUAUAUCGUUGGCUGUCAAGGUCAAAAUGUGUCGGCUAUGGUCAAGCAUUUUGCAGCCUACUCGGAUCCUGAAGGAGGUCUCAACACAGCACCUGUUCAUGGUGGUGAGCGUGAAUUGCGUACGACUUGGCUUCCUCCUUUCCACAGAGCCAUCAUUGAUGGUGGGGCUUACUCGAUCAUGUCUGCAUAUCAUGCGUAUGAUGGCAUUCCAGCUGUAGCUGAUUACUUUAUGCUCACCGAAAUCUUGCGCAACGAAUGGGGCUACAAGUACUUUGUCUCGAGUGAUGCCGGUGCUACCGAUCGCUUGUUCAAAAACUUCCUGACUUGUGGUGUCAACGAUUUUGAAUGUGUCACUGAGCAAUGUCUGACCGCUGGAAAUGAUGUCGAGAUGGGAGGCGGCUCGUUCAACUUCCGCUCAAUCCCCGAUCUUGUCGGCAACAAAACCAUCGACAUCAGUGUCGUCGACGAGGCCGUCGCCAGAGUCUUGAGAGUCAAGUUCCAAAUGGGUCUCUUCGAAAACCCCAAUCCGGCUGCUCCUAAGGACCAAUGGCACAGCAUCAUCAACAAUGCCGCAGCUAAGAAGCUUGCUCGUGACCUCGACGCUGAGUCAAUUGUCCUUCUACAGAACCCCAACAAGACACUUCCACUCAGUAAGAGUGACAGAAUCGCUGUGAUUGGACCCAUGGCUUCUGGCUUCAUGAAUUAUGGCGAUUAUGUUGUUUACCAGUCUCAGUACAGGGGUGUCGAGUAUCUCGAGGGUAUCCAGAACGCUGUUGGCCCUUCAGCUAAUGCGACCGUGACUUACGCAAAAGGCUGCGAAAGAUGGUCGACCGACGAGUCUGGUAUUCCUGAAGCCGUACAGGCUGCUGAGAAUGCCGACGUGACUGUUGUCAUCGUUGGUACAUGGUCUCGAGAUCAGCGAGAGCUGUGGCAGGGCCUCAACGCUACCACUGGAGAACAUAUCGAUGAGAGUGAUCUCGGUCUCGUCGGCGCACAAAGAGCUCUUGUCAAGGCCGUCAUUGAUACAGGCAAGCCUACUGUAGUCGUCUUCUCUUCUGGCAAGCCACUCACCGAAGAUUGGAUCUCAAACACGACUGCCAGUCUUGUUCAGCAGUUCUACCCUGGUGAGGAAGGAGGUAACGCCUUGGCUGAUAUCUUGUUUGGCAAGAUCAACCCAUCCGGCAAGCUGUCUGUCUCUUUCCCUCACGAUGUCGGUACUCUGCCAGCCUACUACGACUUCCUCAACAGUGGAAGAGCUACUUAUCCCGGCUAUGUCGGCGGAGAUGGAAACCUCUACUUUGGCUCCAGCUACAUCCUGAACACACCCGUGCCUUGGUUCCCCUUCGGCUACGGUCUCUCCUACACCUCUUUCGAUUACGGAAAUGUGACACUUUCCUCGUCGCAAGUCUCGGCAACCGACUCUAUCACUGCCACAGUCUCUGUCACAAACAACGGCACAUACGAUGGUGCUGAGGUCGUCCAACUUUACGUCAAGGACUUGGUUGCUAGUGUCACUGUCCCCAACAUCCAACUCAAGGGCUUUGAGAAGGUAUUCAUCAAGGCUGGCGAGACGGCUGAAGUCAGUAUCCCAUUGAACAUCAGUGAUAUCGGUUUGUGGAACAGGAGUAUGGAUUAUGUGGUCGAGCCGGGCAACUUUACCAUCUUCAUUGGUAGCAGUUCCGCAGACUUCCGCACUAAUGCCACUUUGACGGUCGUGUAA